ACCAAAAUAAGAGAAUAUUAUCAAAAGCAACAAAAUCCCGUACUUUUCUGCCCACUCUGCGUCGUCCUUUUCACAGUUGAUGAGUCAUGGGAGUGUCAGACAGCCAGCAUCUUUAGAAUAUAACGUGAAGUAGAACGCAUCUCAAGGAGAGAGAACUGGGAAGGGAAGUGGGCUGGUCCUUGCGUCGUCGCUGAGAUUGAAGCAAAAAAAUGGGGUGAAAUGGAAGAUAAGCUGCUGCUAAAGGGAAUCCCAUUUGGUAGCCGCUUGUUGGGUUGCUGAUCAGUGCCUGCCAUUUAGUUUACUUGUUAAUUCUGAUUUUGAACUUUAGAAGCUGUUGAUACAAGGCUAUGCUCUCAGAUUUUGGAGCUAGGUCCAAUUGGGAAGGUACAAAAGUCUCAAAGUAGAACAAGACAGGUGGUCGGAAUCCAUAGAAUAAUAGUCUGGCUUGGAACCAUUCCCAGGCCUUUGCCGUAACAAAACCAGCUGCGCUGUUGUUAUUAGCUGGAGUCAUGGCAACUUUGUUACAUUCUGAGUCCAGGCGCUUAUAUUCUUGGUGGUGGGAUAGCCACAUCAGCCCAAAGAACUCAAAAUGGCUUCAGGAGAACCUUACAGACAUGGAUGUCAAAGUAAAAUCAAUGAUCAAGCUGAUUGAAGAGGAUGCUGAUUCAUUUGCAAGGAGGGCAGAAAUGUACUAUAAGAAGCGCCCUGAACUCAUGAAAUUAGUUGAGGAGUUCUACCGAGCAUACCGAGCUCUAGCAGAAAGGUAUGAUCAUGCAACAGUAGAAUUACGCCAGGCCCACAAAACCAUGGCAGAAGCAUUUCCCAACGAAGCUCAACAUAUGUUGAAUGAUAAUUCGCCAUCUGGUUCUUGUGGCCCUGGGGCCGAGCCACACACGCCAGAAGUUCCUCAUCCAAUUCGUGCAUUCAUGGAGCCAGAUAACCUACAGAGUGAUGCACUUGCACUUUCGUCAAUCCGCAAUAAUUUGAAAAAGAAUGGAGGGAACGCAGAGGAAACAGACUAUGGCAUAAGCAAAAAGGGUCUGAAGCAGCUGAAUGAAAUUUAUGGGUCUUCUCGGUCACCAGCUGGAAAACAGAAGGUUAAGAAUCAGAUCAAUUAUGAUUCUGAGCAUACAGGGAGAGCAGAAGGCGAAGUUCAAAACUUGAAGGAAGCCCUGGCCAGAUUACAGUCUGACAAGGACGAUAUCCUUCUUCAGUAUCAGAGGAGUUUGGAGAAGUUAUCUGAAAUGGAAAGAGAGCUUAAUAAGACUCAAAAGGAUGCUGGAGGCCUUGAUGAACGAGCUAGUAAAGCUGAAAUUGAAAUCAAAAUAUUGAGGGAGGCUCUUGCAGAGCUGAAAGCUGAGAGGGAUGCUGGUCUAGCUCAGUACAAUCAGUGUUUACAGAAGAUAGCUAGCCUGGAGGCAAUGUUAUCUAUGGUGCAGCAGCAUGCUAAGGGUCUUGAUGAGAGGGCUGCUAAUGCAGAAACUGAAGCAAAAAAUCUCAAGGAAGAAAUUGCCAGAUUGGAGGCUGAGAAGGAUGCUGUUCUUCUUCAGUAUAAACAAUGCCUUGAUAAAAUAUCUGUUUUAGAAACUAAUGUAUUUCAUGCUGAGGAGAAAUCCAGAAUGCUAAAUGGGCAAAUCGAAAAGGCAGAAUUUGAAAUUAAAGCACUCAGGAAACAGCUUGCUGAACUGCAUACUGAGAAGGAAGCUGUAGCUAUCCUGUACGAGCAGUGUAUGGAGACAAUAACCAAAAUGGAGAGUGAAAUUUUGCAGGCGCAAAAAAAUUCUGACCGAUUGAGUAAAGAGAUUGAGACUGGAGCUGAGGAAUUAAGGAAUUCUGAAAAGCAUCGUGAUAUGUUGGAGAGAUCAAAUCAAUCUCUUCGUCUGGAGGCUGAUGAUCUAGUGCAGAAGAUUGCUAUAAAAGAUAAAGAGCUCUUAGAGAAGCAUGCUGAGUUGGAGAGGCUUCAGACUCUGCUACAGGAAGAACAUUCUAACUUUCUUCAAAUCGAAGCCACUUUGCAGACCUUGCAGAAGUUGUACUCCCAAUCACAAGAGGAGCAAAAAUCUCUUUCUUUGGAGCUUAAUCAUGGGCUUCAGCUACUGAAGGAGUUAGAACUUUCCAAAGAAGGAUUUAAGGAAGAAGUGCAAAAGAUUGUUGCAGAGAACAGGACUCUUCAUGAACUUAAUAUUUCUUCUACUAGGUCAUUACAAAAUCAGGAAAUGGAAAUCUCUAAAUUGAAGGAGAUUAAAGAGAAACUUGAACAGGAGUUUUCUGCUAAAUAUGAAGAAAGCAAUGCUCUCCAGCAGGAAAUUCAUGAAAUGAAGAACGAAAUCCAGGCCUUGAAUAAGAGAUAUCAGGCUAUGCUAGAACAACUGAAGACUGUUGGUUUGGAUCCUGAAUGUUUUGUAGCAACUGUGAAAGAUUUACAAAAUGAAAACUCAAACCUAAAGGAUGUCUGCAAAAUGGAGCGACUUGAGAAAGAAGCCCUUUAUGAAAAGUCAAAGGAGAUAGAUAAACUUUCAAGUGAAAAUGCCGAUAUGGCAAGUUCCCUGUCAAAUUUGAAUGAUGAGUUGGAUGGCUUGAGAAGUGAAGUGAAGAAGUUUAAGGAGAGCUGCCAAGUUCUUCAGGAAGAAAAAUCAGCCAUUAUUGCUGAAAAAUCAACCCUGUUUUCACAGUUACAAAUAAUCACUGAAAGUAUGCACAAGUUGUUGGAAAAGAAUAUUUUACUGGAGAAGUCCCUGUCUGAUGCCAGCAUUGAGCUUGAAGGUUUGAGGGCUAAAUCAAAUAGCUUAGACGAAUUCUGCAAGUUGCUGAAUGAUGAGAAGUCUAAUCUUCUAAAUGAAAGAAGAACUCUGGUAUCUCAAUUGGAAAGUGUAGAAGCAAGACUCUGUAAUUUGGAAAAGAGGUUUGCAACACUAGAAGAAAAAUACACUGAUGUGGAGAGGGAAAAAGAUUGCACAAUUAAUCAGGUAGAAGAACUUCGUGCUUCAUUUUUGGUGGAAAAAGAUGAGCAUGUUAGCCAUAAACAUUCAAGUGAGGCUCGACUGACUAAUUUGGAGAACCUUGUCCAUCUGCUACAAGAGGAACGUAGGUUGGGGAAGAAAGAAUUUGAGGAAGAACUUGACAAGGCUGUAAAUGCUCAGGUUGAGAUAUUCAUUUUGCAGAGGUUUGUGGAAGACUUGGAGCAGAAGAACUUGGCCUUAUUAGUUGAGUGUGAAAAACAUGUUGAGGCAUCAAAGUUUUCUGAUAAAGUCGUCUCUGAGUUGGAAUGUGAAAAUCUUGAGCAACAGAUGGAAAUAGAGUUUUUGUUAGAAGAAAUUAGAAAGUUGAGAAUGGGGAUUCAUCAAGUAUGUGGGGCUCUUCGAAUUGAUCAUGAUGAUGGGAAUGGCAAACUUUUGAAGCUAGAGGAAAAGCAUAUACUUCAUAUCUUGGAUAAUAUUGAGGGGUUGAAAGGUUCUUUUGUGAGAAGCCAGGAUGAGAAGCAGCAGAUGCUGGUAGAGAACUCUGUCCUCUUAACUCUACUUUGUCAAUUGCAAUCUGAGGGAGCAGAACUGGAGUCCAAGACAAAGACCAUGAAGCAGGAGCUCAACAUCCUGAUAGAGCAGCAUGAAAUGUUGCAGAAGGAUAAGCUUGAACUUUUGGAGAUGAACAGUAAUUUAAGGGAUGAAGUAAUCAAGGGAGAGGAAAAGGAGAAUAUGUUGAAGUCCAAUUUGGAAGAUCUGCACGUGGAGCUACUGGACUUGCAAGGAACAAAUUUGGUUCUGCAGGAGGAAAAUGGCAAGGCACUUGAGGAGAAUAGUUCAUUGGUUAAGAGUGUUUUGGAUCUCAAAGAUGCAAUUUCCAUUUCUGACAAUGAUUGCUGUGAAAUCCUCCAUGAGGCACUGACUCUAAGCAACCUCAAUGUGGUUUAUCAGAGCUUUGCUGCUGAGAAGCUCUUGGAAAAUGAAGCACUUGGUGAACAUCUGAACAUUCUUCAUCAUCUAAGCAGUGACCUCAAGCAGCAGGUAGGAGUGAUGCAUGAAAAAUUGGUGCUAAAAGGUGUAGAUAAUGAGUACCUGAAUGACACAAUUGAGAGGAUGGACGAAGAACUUCAGGAAGCCAAAAACGUAAAUAAUCAUUUAUGUCAUCAAAUUGAAAAGGCUGAGGAACUUCUCAAAAAGAAAGAAGCAGAGAUAUUAGAAAUGGAACAAAAGCUGAAGGCGGCGGAGACAGUGAAUGCAGAGCUUUGCAGAUGUGUUGAAGAACUGAAGAUGGAAUGCCACGAAUCAAGACUGAUCAAGGAAAAUCUAGAGAGUCAGGUUCUUGAAAUAUCAGAAGAAUGCUUGAAUCAGAGAAAGGAGUCUGAGCACCUUAAUGUGGCAAACAGAAAUAUCCUGUCUGAGAUUGGAUUAUUACGACAGCAAGUUGAGCAACAGAGAGCCAGGGAAGAAUCUUUGAAUUCAGAGCUGCUUGAGAAAAUAAAUGAAUCUGAACUUUGGGAGGCUGAAGCUGCAACAUUCUAUUUCGAUCUUCAGAUUUCAUCCAUCAAUGAAGCAUUAUUUGAAAAUAAAGUAAAUGAACUCUCUGGAGUUUGCACCAGACUUCAAGAUGAAAGCACGGCAAAAAGCCUGGAGAUUGAACGCAUGAGAGAUAAUAUUGGUCUGCUGGAAAGUGAAGUUCAAGGGCUGAAGGGCCAGUUAUCUGCAUAUACUCCAGUUAUUACUUCUUUGAAGGGGGACUUUGAAUCUUUAGAAUACACUGCUCUUCAUCGGACCGGGAGAUCUUCUGUUGAAGGCCAGGGAAAACAGCAGGAUGAAGAGGUUGAAAUUUGUCCUCAACAGCACAGCUGUCAAGGAUCAGAAGAGAAUGAAAAGACUUUGACGCCAUUACCAGAUGGGGUUUCUGAUUUGCUGAAAAUACAGGCAAGAAUUAGGGAGGUUGAAAAGGUAAUGGGGGAAGAAUUUGAAAGACAAUUUGAGAAAAGCCUGACUACCGUGUCCAAUGUUGAAGCAGAAGCUCCAACGCAAAUGACCAGAGACUCAGAGUCAAAAGCUGCCCCAUAUCCAGAAAAUGACAUCAGAAAAGUUGAGAUGGAACUUAAGGAUGACUCUGUAGAUGAUCUCAAGUCACAGAAGCCGAAAUAUGAAAAUGGUUCUUUGAUGAAAGACAUUCCGCUUGAUCAAGUCUCAGAUAGUCCGAUCUCUAAGAAGUGCAAGAGAGGAAAUGGUAGUAGGAGUCGAGGGACUGAUGACCAGAUGCUUGAGUUAUGGGAAGCCGCUGAGCAGCGCAGUGAAGCAAAGAGACAGGAUGUUGCUCCAGUGGACGAUGUAAUCACAUGCCAUGAGUCAAACGGUUCAGGUAGAUACCAAAAUUCAUCUUCAGAACUGGAGGUUGAGAAGGAAUUGGGUGUUGACAAACUCGAGUUAUCAAAAACUACAAGAGAGAGAGGUCAAGAUUUCAAGGGCAGAAAGAUCUUGGCCAGACUUGCCUCUGAUGCUCAGAAAUUAAACAUGCUGAAGCUAACUGUGCAAGACUUAAAAAAGAAGGUGGAAACAGGAAAGAGAAGCAAGAAGGGCAAUGAUGUUAAAUCUGAGACAGUCAAAAGACAAGUAGAAGAAGUAGACGAAGCUGUGGCACAAUUAGUGGACCUCAAUGAUCGGUUGAGUAGAGAUAUCCAAGCGAGUUCGUCAUCUUUAGUCAGGGAGACUUCAGUGGAGUUGGAAAAUGGUGCACACACAAACAGAAAAAGAAUAACCGAGCAGGCACGAAGAGGUUCUGAACAGAUAGGGAGAUUGCAGUUUGAGGUGCAGAACAUCCAAUAUGUUUUGCUGAAAUUGGCUGAUGAAAAGACAAGCAAAGAGAAAGGCAGGUUUUCUGGACGAACAGAUGUUCUGCUGGGGGACUUUAUUCACCUUCGCAAGAAAAGUGGCAAAAGGCGCCUCAAAUGGCGUUUUUGUGGAUGUUCCAGGACUUCAACUAAAGAGGACUAAGGUAGACAAACUAGAGGCAGAUUGUUGUAACUAUUUUCUUGAUCUUGGAAUGUUUCUGAUAGUAAAACUAGCAUAUGAAUUCUUAUUUUAGCCAGUGAAAUGAAGCUUUAUCACAAACAAUAAGGGAUGAAGUUUGUUCUGCUAA